UUGCUUUUUUCGAGCACCCGUGAAUGCAACCCGGGAUUUGACACCAUUGACAGCCAACAUGGCGCUCGCGACGUAGAGCCGGUCAGUCAACAUCUCGCCGCCCCGCGGCCUCUGCUUUAUUGUCAGCUGUCAGGAGAGAACCCAGCUCGGGGAAGACUAAAAGGAAAGUGACUGCGAAGAGCUGUCGGCCUUUUUCACCUUACCUAGCUUUUUCUCCGGCUGCUGUGGCUAAGCGAGAGAGACAGUGGCCAAUUGUUCACAAACAAGUGACGGCGGUGGAGCGCAUGGACGCAGUUUGGACUUCCGUACCUCAAGCGAUAUGGUAAAGUAAAAUCCUCUGUGAAGCACCCUCUCACCGGCACCAUCCUCAUUUGGUGCUGAUGUCAUCAACACCAGCCAAGCCCUGCGGCACCCUGCUCUGUCCUGAGUCUGGACUUUCAGCCGCAAUGGACUCUCUGUCCAUGUCUUCCCUUUUAUCUGGGGAGUUUGACAAGGACGGGGUCCAAGGAAGUGAAGGAGGGGAAGACGAGGACGAUCUGGGAGACCUAGAAGUGAACCCUUAUGAUGGCCUGCCUUUUUCUUCACGCUACUACGUCCUUUUACAGGAGAGGCAAAGGCUUCCUAUAUGGACGCUCAGGCAAAAUCUGCUGGAGCACUUGGAGAACCACAACAUGGUGUUGGUCAGCACACGUAGUGGAGAUGGAAAAAGCACCCAGGUUCCACAAUGGUGUGUGGAGUAUGCUUUGUCCUAUGACUUUUCUCACGGCAAGGUGUGCUGUUCUCAGCCUCAUUCAGUGGCAGCAGUGAGUUUGGCUCUUCGUGUGGCGGAUGAGAUGGACCUCAGCCUGGGUCUGGAGGUGGGCUACAGGGUGGCUCAUGAUGACAGCUGUACACCCGACACCUUGCUCAGGUUUGUCAGUGACACGCUGCUGCUGGAAGAGAUGAUGUCAGACCCCUUGCUGCAUCAAUAUGGUGUUGUCGUCUUAGAUGAGCUCCAGGAGCGCACGGUGGCAACAGAUGUGCUUCUUGGCCUUCUGUGCGACGUCUGCCGCCAGAGGCCAGAUAAUUUCCGGGUAGUUCUCCUUGCUCACUUAAGUCUUGCUCCUCGGCUCGCUUCCUUCUUGGGCCCCUCCGUCCCACUCCUCUCCAUGGACAACCUCCUCUCUGAGCCCCUGACAAAUAGGCAGGAAAAAGAAUGUGAAACUAAAGAGGAGAGGGACGUUGCAAACCUGAACAGCGUGGAGAUAAUGUACAGAGAACUUUCUCCUGGGAGGGAACCUGUGGCUGCUGCCUGUCACAUGGUUCUAGAUCUGCAUCGAAGAGGAGAGGAAGGCGACAUGAUGGUGUUUCUUGCCAGUGCUCAGGAAAUAGAGGAGUGUGCGGCCCAGCUGGAGGCAGAGGCCGUAGGUCUGAGUCCUCAUCUGGGUUCUUUCAAAAUCAUCCCCCUCUACACUGGACUAGGUGUGUUGACCCAAAGGGUGUACGAGUCCAGCACCGAAACAUCUAUUUACAGGCAAAGUGGUGAUUCAGAGGGAAUGGAAAGCUUGACAAUGGGAGCAGAAGGUCCGGGCAUCAAGAGGAAAGUUAUCCUCACUGAUACCCUGGCUGAAGGUUCUUUCUCACUGCCAGGCAUUCGCUAUGUCAUAGACACAGGCCUUCAGCUCAAAACUGUUUACAAUCCUCAGAUAAGGGCAAACUCGCAGAUUUUGAGGACAAUCAGCAAAACACAGGCCGACAUGCGAGCUCAGAGGGUGAAGAGCCACCUUCCUGGGUUGUGUGUGUACCUAUACCCACAGUCUCUGUAUGAUUGUGGAUUGGAGGCAGCUUAUUGUCCGCGGGUAAUGGAGGAAAACCUAAGCCACUUAGUCCUAUUGCUCAAGAGGCUGGAUAUUGCUGACAUGGGACAAUGCAAGUUCUUGGACAGACCAGCCCCUGAGGCUUUAAUGCAGGCCUUGGAGGACCUUGACUACUUGGCAGCACUAGAUGAUGAUGGUAAUCUAUCAGAAGUGGGCAUCAUCAUGUCAGAACUGCCGUUGGAGCCACAUUUAGCUAAAGCCCUGAUUGCUGCGUGCGAGUACGACUGUGUUAACGAGCUGCUCACAAUAGCUGCCAUGUUGACAGCUCCUUCCUGCUACUUGACACCAGAAGCCAACAGAGAGGAGGCUGCCAUUGCACACUGGCGACCUCUAAUGCACACAGACGGCGACCACAUGUCUCUCAUCAACAUCUACAAUGCUUACAUGGAGCAUAAUCAGGAUGAGGCAUGGUGCACAACACAUUUCCUGAACCAUGCGGCCUUGCAUCUAGCUGUGGUUAUCAGGGCCGAGUUGCUGGAGGUCAUGCAGCGAAUAGAACUUCCUGUGUCGCCUCCUGCUUUUGGAUGCCAAGACAACUGCACAAAUAUUAAGAGGGCCCUCAUCUCCGGCCUAUUUCUCAAAGUGGCUCAUGACGUAGAUGGUUCCGGUAACUACCUCCUGCUGACACAUCGCCAUGUGGCUCACCUGCACCCCUUCUCUUUCUACCUUUGUCAUCAGCUGUGUCCCACCCAUCCAUCCUGGGUCCUCUACCACGAAUUCACCAUCUCCUCUGACAACUGCAUCCGCAUUGUUUCUGAGGUCCACCCCCAAAUGUUGGUGGAGCUCGUGCCUCAGUACUUCCUGGGAAACCUCCCCUCUAGUGAUGGCAAGGAGCUGCUGAUCAAGCUGAGGCAGAGCGUCGAGCCUUCCUCUGGAGAUGGCGCACCUCAUUGGUUGGGAGAGACGCACAAUCAGUCCAGCACUGAGCUCUGUGUUGUCCAAUGAACAUCAUUAACUAUGUGACACGCUUUUAUCAUUUGCUGGAAAACACUAAUCGUUUUAAGUUAGGUUUUUACAUUCAAGCUCGUUCUGCACAUUCUGGUGUACUGUUAACUUAUUUCUAACUUUCUAAUAUUUAAUUGUUUUUAUGUUUACAGUGGAUAUUUUUUCCUUGAAUUCAUUCUUCAGAAAAAUAGUGACUUGCACAAAGAUGCAAGGGAAAGGGAAGCUCAACAUUUAAAUGAACCUGAAGUGUCAUUUUAGAUAUAGGAUGAUACAGUACACUACAGCAGGGGUGUCCAGAGUGUGGUCCACAGCCCCCUUUUUUAUUGGCCAUUUCACAUUCUAAAAAUAGAGUCAAGCCAAAGAAAAGGAUAAAAAUAAAAGUAGGGAGAACAAAAAACCGCAAUAUGGCAUCUUUUAAUGAGAAAAUGUUUAAAAUGUUCUACUAAUGAUAUGCUAUAACAGACAAAGAUUGUUAGCGCUUAUACAUAUCUUUCUUAAUAUAUGGUGGUUGGCUUUUAACUGUUUACAAAACAUCCUGUGAUUUGUCAGUACUCUGGUACCUCGGUUUUCAAUACUAUUUAUUUAUAAAUAUAUAUUAAAUAAAAACUUUUUUUUUUACUAUAGUGGUAUGUUAGUUUUAGUUUAGUUUAUCAAACACGUAUUAAAUAAAUAAAAUUUGCCACACAUUGUGUAUACGUACACACAAAUUGGGGCCUUGAGCAAAAUUUUAUUUGCAAAAUCUUCAAAUUUUUAUUUGCGCGAAACUAUUUUUACACAUGUACUUUUAACUACGGGAGAAGGGGAGCCUACGCACAGUGCAUAAUUUGCGUAGAAGCCCUGUCCUUACAUACCACGGAUGAAGUGUGGGCAGUGGUGACAAAAGCAUUGGCAGGAUCUGAACAAUUGGAACAAAGCAAACGAGACCAACCACAACUUGAGAGGUGAAAAGUCUGCCUUAUUUUAGUAUCAAAGGCCAUGGAAAUGGAAAGGAAUAAAGCGAUGGAAAGCAAGUUGCUUCCGCACAACCAAUCUGUACAGGAAGACCACCAAGCCUCCUUUGCCAGUCAAAGGCAGUUGGUACGUUCCUUGUGAAAGACACAGACAAGGCCAUCAAGCGGCAAAAGCUGGGAACCUUAUCAAGUUGCAAUAGAAAGCAGAAUCCUUCGGAAACACCAUGAAAUCGUGGGCGUGAUAUGCCAGAGACGUCUGGCCCUUGCACACUCGACCAAGAAGAGGCCUCUUGCUACACAGAAUCCAUCAGGCAGCAGAGGAAGACCACCAGGUGAAAGUGAUUGAAUUUCCCUCCAAGGGUUGAUCCGACCUGGAGGGAACUGUGGCAAACUGACCAUGGGAAGUUGAGCUUUCUCCUGCGCUCUGACUGACCACUUGGCAACUGGGACUGAGCGAAAGACUUGUAAGAAAUGUGAAGAAGCCUCUUGUACACUAAUCCACAUCCUGACCGGCUGUCCAAGGGCACCACAGAUGGAGGCAAGACAAGGUCCUUACAGAACUUGUCAAAACGGUGGAAUAAUAGUAAGUCAAAACCAACAACAAGCAGGCCUAUGGCAUAGCCUUUUUGAAAGAAGGGGAAAACGCUCUUAAGAUCCCCACAGUGGCCAAUAACCCGUUUUAUAACUUAUGUGCCUCCAACUGGGAGAUGUGGGGAUCUGAAGAGGGAGCUUGUCUUCCCACAAAACAUGGGGCAGUGUCCCAGCUCCGAUCAGACGUGGUCCUGCUUACCAGGAGCACAAAAGACAUCAUAGUUGUUGAGCUCACAGGCCCCUGAGAAGUUAGGCUAUUUACUUCCCAACAACCAAAAAAGCCAAAUACCAAUACCUGUUCCCAGCAAAAUCAUUGCGCUACUUCCUCCAGGUGGUAGGGCUAGAGCCUGAACAGCAGAAGAAAGCCAGCAGGGACAUAGCGCCGCAUCAGCAGAGUCAGUUCACAAUGGCUGUGGCUGACGACAGAGCAGUUGGAAAAACCUUCUCCCAAUGAAGCCUAGUCAGUCUUCUCUGCCCCAUUCUGGUGAGGUGUACAACACCUGUGAACCUGGGAUCUUUUCUAAAGAUGUGUUCCAACAAUGUGAGUGCUCCAAGGAAUACCCUCUCAGAGAAAGACCUGCAUCUCCUCAGUUAGUGGAGUUCCUACCGUUGCAAGCUUGGCAAAGCAUCUCUGACAAUUUCUUAAUCUCAUUGGCCUAGUUUUGCUUAGGUGGUUAGCAGCAUAGCUCAAAAAGGCUUUGGGCGGAGUUGCCUGAACCUUUCAGAAAUUGUCCGAAAUGGGAUGAAAAAAAAAAAAGCCAAGGGAUUUGAUUUGGGGGCUGGACCUGGAUAAUUUCUACUAUUUUACCUCUUGUUUACGUAACCAAGCCUAACUUCUCUGUGAGUUUGAUUCUUUGUCCCAAAGAGGAUUCACGACAUUUACUUCAUCCUGCGCAUAUGAGACAUGCCUAAGUUUUGCAGUAUGCUCUCUUGGUGCUUUCUAGUUAUAUUUUUUUUUACUCUACUGGACUACAUCUUGGUUUUUAGCCAGACAAAAACUCAAGCGUAUGAAAACCAAAGCAUAUUUUCCAAUAAGAAUUAAUCACGUAAAUCCAAUUACGAUAAUCUGUUCCAGACACCCAGAUUUUUUAGAGAAUAAUAAUAGUUUUACAUGCAGAAUUAAAUGUGAAGUACAUACCAUAUAGUACAUUUGACGUCAAUUUUACCUUUUUUGAAGACACUUGUGGUUAAAGACUUUUGCAGUCGUACUCCAUUUAAAAAAGGAAAGAACAGACCUGAUGCUUUGUUUGGACACUCGAUUCCAUGAAUGAUAGAUGCGGCGAAACUUUGGUGAAAUGUUUCAAAGUCAUACAAGAGUGGGGCGUACAAAAACCGAAGUACCACUGUACACGGCCCUCGGUGGACACCCCUGCACUAUGUUGAGCACGAGUGCUGUCACUGCUGGACCUUCCGCAUCUAUGCAGAUCUUGCCUCUGGAGAAUCAUUGCGGCGUGUGAUGAUCUCCAGAUUAUGGCAGAACAUAUUUUUGAUACUAGAAUUCUGUUUGUACAUUCUUUGUGGAUCCUGCCUUCCUUUUUAUGUUUGGCUUUGUGGCAAUAAUAAAUGUUUUGAUGUUAUUCAACUGGA